GCACCACACACAAACACCCGCGUGAGGCGUGGUGCCUGCGGGCUUCCGUACUGGGUCUCCAUGGCGACCGCGUGGGCCGGGCGGCCUCCAUUGUCGGGCUGCUGCUCUCCGCUGCCGGGCUCGCAUGCGCUCCAGUUGGCGGGUACCCGGAAGCAACUGCACCUGCAGAGGAAUGCCCUCCGUGUGAUUCCUCAGGACUUCUUUCAGCUACUGCCGAACCUGACGUGGCUGGACCUCCGGCACAACAGAAUCGAGGCACUUCCUUCUGGGAUUGGAUCUCACAAGCAUUUGAAAACUUUGCUUUUAGAAAGAAAUCCUAUCAAAAUGUUACCUGUGGAGCUGGGCAGGUUAGUGACACUGAAAGGCCUGAACCUGAGGCACUGCCCCCUGGAAUUCCCUCCACAGCUCGUCGUGCAGAAGGGAUUGGUGGCUAUCCAGCACUUCCUGCGGAGGCGGGCAGCAGAACACUCUCUCCCUGGAAGUCCAGCUUCUCAAGGGGCUGCACCGGCUAAAGAGAUGGCCCUCCACAACCUCCCGAGCCUGGGACUGGAGUUGUCUGCAGGCUACGCGUCUAAUGAAGGAGCUGCGAAUGCUGGGGACCCAGAGCAGGCUGUCAUGAGACAGAAGGCUGGCUUUCUCCCGCCCGUGGAAAAGCCCGACCUGAGUGAUCUCAGGAAGUCCGCUGACUCCUCAGAGCACUGGCCUAGUGAGGAGGAGAUCAGGCGCUUUUGGAAGCUGAGGCAGGAGAUUGUUGAGCACAUGAAGGCAGAUGGUCCUGGAAAUCAGCUCUUACCGAGGGAAUUACCUCCCAGUCUCAAGGCGGCCUUGAACAGUGAGAAAGAACCGCCAAAGCCAAGGCGCGUUUUCAGAAGGAAGACGGCCUCCUCCAGGAGCAUCUUACCCGACCUCUCGUCACCACACCAAAUGGCGAUCCAAGCAAAAAGAGUGGAAGACAGCCGCGCGGCCGCACUCCUGGAGCUCCGGGAGAAGCAGGGCCUGAUGGAGCAGCGGAGACGAGAGAAGAGGGCACUGCAGGCGUGGAGAGAGCAAGCCCAGAGGAUGAGGAAGAGAAAGGAAGAGCUCAGCAAACUCCUGCCUCCUCGGAGGAGCAUGGUAGCAUCAAAGAUUCCCUUUGCCACAGAUCUGAUAGAUAAUGGGAAAACACUGCUGAAUCCACCUGGAAAAAUGAAACCACACAAAGAGAAAUCAUCACAAGCAAUUAAAGAAACGAGGAUUCGGGAGAGCUGAGUGUUCCGCGUGAGAACAAAGACGUGCUUUCCCCUUCCUGUGGCAGCGUGCAGUGCCCUAAAUGUGUCAUAUCUUAAAUCAGCCUGAGGUUUUUAAAUACGAAGCGUGUGUUCUGGCAGCUUCUGAACUACUGAAUAAGGGAUGGGAGAAGCAGUCCAGGACCUGGGAGUGAGUCUGGAGGAGAGAGGGUGCCAGGGAGGCCGAGGUAGCUCCACAGUAGCCGGCGUCACCGUGCGAGGGCUUCUGGGAAGAAGGAGCACGCUUUCUCCCGGGUUACAGUGGGAGUUGCCAGGACGAGAGUAAAUGUAUCAUCUCCCUCCCUGCCCCUGGUUUCUCCGUGCCUUCCAAGAGGGAGAUUUGGAAGAGAGAAUCAAACAGCACAUCCACCAAAUGCAUGAGCAAAGACGAGUCCGUGGCCAGGCCCCACUGGAGGAGAUGAGGAAGGCUGCCGGGGAUCUGGAAAUGGGGAGGACUUCUUGGUUCUGUUUAAAAAAUUGUGGGGAUUUUGUUUUUCGUUUUUGUUUUUUCUGUUUUUGUUUGAGAUGGAGUCUCACUCUGUCAUCCAGGCUGGUGCGAUCUCGGCUCACUGCAACCUCUGCCUCCCAGGUUCAAGCGAUUCCCCUCCCUCAGCCUCCUAAGUAGCUGAGAUUACAGGCACACACCACACCCAGCUAUUUUUAGUAGAGAUGGGGUCUCACAAUGUUGGCCAGGCUGGUCUCAAACUCCUGACCUCAGACGAUCUGCGCACCUUGGCCUCCCAAAGUGCUGGGCCACCACGCCCAGCCCAAAAUGCAGUUUUGUUGAAAACGAAAGGAACUCACUGUGCCUCUUCAGAGCACGUGUUCUCUAGAAACCAUGGGACUGAAAACCACGGGAUUGUGUCGAAUGUGUCUUAUGAGGGUGUGGGAAUUCCCAGAAUUACAGUUGGUCAGAUGAGAAGGAAAACCUUUCAGCCGAGGUCCUGAGCCCUCAGAUGUGCGAGGCUACAUGGUGGACCUUGGCAUCUUAACACUGGGCAGCUGAUGGCAGGAGUGACAGCCUGCUGGCGGGCUGGGGGCCGGGGGCCGGGAGCCAGUCCUCUGCACGUCUGUGGGGUGCUUGCUCGAGGCUUGGCACACAGCGGAACCAAGCUCUGGACCCAGGGCUGGGCCAUGAGGGACGCUACUGCAAAGAAGGGUCUGGCUGAGGCCACCUGGACCAUGGCUGCCAUGCUCAGUGUCUGUGUAGGCAGACCGACAUUCAUGGGGAUCUGAGGCCUCCUGACCAGGAACCUCCUACGUGGAACAGCUCUCAAAGGUGUCUCCUGUACGUUUGGAAUGUUAACCGUCCCCUCAGCCACUGCUAAUGCUGUUUAUCCACUCAGCGUACGCUGAUGCCUGCCUUCUGGUAGCUGGAGAGUCCUGGGUGGUGGGAGAGACGCAGGGAUGAAGGAGAGUGCUUUGUUGCCCAAAUUGCUGCCUGGCCAGCCCAUCCAGCUGUAGAAGGACACAGCUGCCGUCGCUGGCAGUGAACCUGGAUACCCGUGUCCCCACCCUUCUUACAGCCAUAAGAAUGCUGGCCUGUCCUCCCAAGCUACCCAAGGCCCCUGGCUGGUGGACUCUUCCAGGUCAGUGUGCUGUGCCCAGACACAGGUCAGGCUGGUGUGGGCUGCAUCUGGGCUGCCCCCAGAGCAAAGAGCACUGUCAGAGGAGGAAGCAGACCCGGCCUUCCUGUGCCCACGCCCCAUCUCCAGGCUGCGUUACCCCGUCUCCCUCUCUCCUAAAGCGGAUGAGAGAGAGGAGGCGUGAGAGCAGGAUGUAGACACUUCACGGAGACCUCACCCAGCCUGACUCGGACCCCUCUCCGGAGACUUUUCCUCGCCGGCCCAGGGCGUUUGUACCUGCCUUUAGAUGAACUUUUACUCCUCUAAAUCUGUCAUUUAUUAGUAUAACCUUGUCUGUGGACACUGGAACGUGUCUCAAUCCAUCGCUUCAGGGUGUGGACUCAGAAGUCUAUUUGGUGUUAUAAACAGGUCUAGGCCCACAGGUUUCAUCACUUUAAUGAAAUAGAUGAAUCCCUUGAAACACAACAUCUGCCAGAACUUGCAGAAGAAAUAAGUGAUGUGGAGAUGCUUGUAUCUGUCACAGAAAUUUAACCAAUAAUUCAUUACAUCGCAAAACAGAGGCCACAGGCCCAGCUGGGCCCACUGGCGGACUCCACCCAACAUUUAAGGUUGAAGGAAGAAACUGUGCCAAUUCCCUGUCCUCUCUUCCAGAGACAGAGACAGAGGGAAAGCUCCUAACUCAUUCUGGGGCCAGCAUUACUCUAGUACCAGAACCAUGCGAAGGUAUUACAGGAAGGGAGCGCGUGAACAGCAUUGCUCACGAACAUAGAUGCAGAAAUUCUCAGCAUUCAGAAAUCAAAUCCAGAAGUGAGCAAAACAAUCACACACCCUAGUUCAACGUUUAAAAGUCAUCACAGCAGUAAGCUAAACAAGAAAACCCAGUCGAUGUAGAGAAAGCAUCUGACAAAAUAUAACAGCUCUCAUGAUAAAAUCUCUGCAAAUUAGGAUAAGCUGGGAACUUCCUCAGCUUGUGAAAGCAGAUCCGGAAAAGGCCUACAGCUAACAUUAUUCUUAACGGUGAGAAAUCGGAAGCCCUCCUUUCCCCUGCUCCCUGCCCGGCGACGGGGCCCUCCUUCCGCCUUGACCCCUUCCUGGUUGCUGCCACUCAGCCAGCACGUGGGACAGUGGACUCCAUCCUAGAGCUUCUAGUCUCUCACCAUUAAGAAUAAAGUUAGCUGUAGGUCUUUUCUGGAUCUCCGUCUCAAAAAAAAAGGAAGCAGAGUCUGUACAGGUCAUGCCAAGGCCCUGAGUCCGCUUUCCUACUCUGCCCAGCCCAGCAGGAGACAGAGGAGACAGGGCUGUCUCUAGGGAAGCUGACCAACCAGGCACCACGGUGGUGACAGCGGCCACGCGUGGCCUUCCUGAGCCCUGCAGAAGGGCAGGUGCACAACGGACCAGGAGGGCCAGCCGGCUCCGUGGCACUGUCUGAGACACCAGCCAGCCAAGGCAGUUACUGAUCAGUUUGCUUCUUGUAGAAAUCUGGGUCAGUAACAAGUGAUAUUGACCAUGUUGUGGUGCCAUAAGCCUUCAGUGGCGCUCUAGCCCAGGUCUGUGAUGUGGCUGUAUGAGGGGAGGAGGAGGCUGCAGGGGUCUCCGGGGACCUGCACUGGAGGGAGAGUCCAACCCAUGCCCCCAUCGGGGCAGGCUGCAGAGGGAGAGGGGAGCCGGGCAGCCCAGGGCUCCUGUGCUUGGAGUGGGGAGGUUGGGACUCGGCAGAGGCGAUGCCUACGGACUGGAGGGGCAGGAAAGGAAAGAGCCCCUCCUUAGCUGCUGCACCUGAGUUCCCCGCAGUGCCCUCCCCAGCUUCCCUUGUUCUGCCCAGGCCAUUGGCCGCAGAGCCUGGGUUUGGAACAGAAAGCCUGCCCUGCUUUCAGACUUGGCAGUUCCUUCUCCUGCCCCGGAUUCAUGGCUCCUGUGUCUGUGGGGUGAGGGUGGCAAUUGUGGCCUCAUCUGCCUCCCGGGUCUCAGGUAGGGUCAUGACUGUGGUGAGGCUUGCCAGCAUGCUGCCCAGGUGUGGCACCAGCCUUCCCUUUGCCUGCAGGAUGGGACCCUGAGACUGUUCAUCCACUGACCUGCAUCUCUCAGGAGACUGCACAGGACACCUGGGUGGGGCCACAUGUGUGCAUGCAGAGGGCGGUGUCUUGGGGUGGAAGGCUUAGGAGCUGGCUGGAAGUAGGCUGCCAGCCCGUCACAGGGGGAACCGUGCCAUGAUGCGGCUUGCAGGGACCCCUGGGGAAGCAGGGCUGGUCCUGCUCACUCCCACAUGGCCUGGGCCCCACAUGGAAUCUGAGCCAGAGAGGUAGGGACGUCCUGAGUCCUGCCAGCCUUUCUAAUGCCACCCCACUUGCCUCCCACAAGGCCAGAGAGCUACAGGAUGAAGUAUGGAAGCUAAAAGUGGGAUUAGCCUUGGACACAGACCAGCGAUGGACUGCCCUCACUGGAGGCCUUUUGCUUCGCCCGCCAGCGUCACAGCCUCGAAAUACAUUUUUUAACACAAAAUAUGAAGAAUCAGGAAAUGUUCACAGAUGCCAGUGACACCAAGUGGCUGCACUGAUGGAAACGUCUUCAAACAGAAGAUGCUCAGUCUUCUUUCUCGGCUGUCGCCUCCUGCCUGAUGGCCGGGAGGGCACCAGGCUCAGCGUUCCUCUUAUGGCUGUUUCACGGCAGCCUGUUGGUCUCAGACGGCCCAUGUUUCUCCUGAGGCUGUGGAAGAUUUCCGCCGAACUAAAAGAAAGGACAUGGUGAGCACGUGGCCCGCUUUCGCUCCUUUCCGCAGGUUCCUGCCAAUCCACGUGACAGAAAGGUCAGGCACGGGCCUCUCUCCUGCCCUGGAGCCCUUGUUACAAAGUCCUCAUAGCUUUCGCUCACUUCGUUAUUUUAGUGUGGGAGGGGAGACCAGGUCACCUGAUUCCUGCCAGGCCAGAUUUAGGGACUUGCCCCUGCCCGGAGGCAGGGCCCUCCUUUCCUGCUCCCUGCCCAGUGACAGGGCCCUCUUUGGCCUUGACCCGUUCCUGGUUGCUACCACUCAGCCUGCACGUGGGACAGUGGGCUCCAUCCCAGGGCCACGGCAGGGCCCGCACACCUCACGCCAUAGAUCAGACUUACUUCACGCUCUGCCUGCCCAGGCUGUGUAGAUUCUGUGUGACUUAGUCUCUUGUGCUGAGCGUUUGACUGGAUCUUGAAAACAUUUUCAUUUGAUUUCUUUAAAAGAGAUAAGACAAUUCAGGCUGCUUUUUGGUAAAUAUGGUUUUCAGUGAGUUUCCGCGUUUCAUCCAGUUUGUGCUGCGUGUUAGCAUAGAGCUCCUCAGGAUUCCCUCAUGUUCUCAGGGCCUUAGGAGCCGCAGCGACGACCCUUUCCAUUCUUGGCCUUGUGCUCUUCAUCGUUCUUAACAGGGAUCUAUCAGUGUUGUUCUGCUUUUGCAGAAACCCCAGGCCACUGGAUUUGCGGUCUGUUUUCUGUCUCACGGGUCUCUGGCCCUGCAUUUUCUUUCUGUGCUCUCUGAGGGUUUAACUGGUGCUUAGAGAGAAACGCAUCACUUCUUUUUUUUUUUUUUUUUUUUUUUUUUUUUCUUUUUUUGAGACAGAGUUUCGCUCUUGUUACCCAGGCUGGAGUGCAAUGGCGCAAUCUCGGCUCACCGCAACCUCCGCCUCCUGGGUUCAGGCAAUUCUCCUGCCUCAGCCUCCCAAGUAGCUGGGAUUACAGGCACGCACCACCGUGCCCAGCUAAUUUUUGUAUUUUUAGUAGAGACGGGGUUUCACCAUGUUGACCAGGAUGGUCUCGAUCUCUUGACCUCGUGAUCCACCCACCUCGGCCUCCCAAAGUGCUGGGAUUAUAGGCGUGAGCCUCCACGCCCAGCCGACAAUCGCGUCACUUCUGAACCCACGUACUAGAGAGGAAGGACGGUGUGCAGUUGAUCACCUAAGCUUUCCGCUAGAGAAGCUAGAAAAGGUGCCCGUGGCCGGUUACGGCCCAGCAGCCAGAGCAGCAGACAUUCAUUUAGCAUUCCUCGCGUCCGAGGGCAGGAGUCGGAGCACCUAGCCGGCCUCGCUGCCCGGGGCCUCUCGUGAGGCUGGAGUCAGCUGUGGGUCGGGCUGCGCUGCUUUGAAGGUUUAACUGGGCUUGGGGCUCAGCUUCCAAGUUGCUCACCUGGUUGUUGAUCAGAGAGCGUGUCCUCUGUGAUCCCAGUCUUUGGAAGCUGUGAGGCCUUGCCCUGUGGCCUGCCCCAGGGUAUAUUUUGGUUAAUGUAGACUGUGCACUUGAGAAGAAUAUAUUUUGGAGUCACUGGGGACGUUGUUUUGUGUGUGUCUGGUGACACUGACUAAUCCUGCUGCUCGGAGCUCCUGUACCCGUACUGACUGCCUCAUUUAAACUUGGUUUAUCAGUUACGGAGAGAGGCCUGUCCACAGUUCUAGCUGUGACCGUGAACUUGUCCUUUUUUCUUAGUUAUGUCAGCUUUGCUCUGUGUUUUGGGGCUGUUUUAUCAGAUGCCUCCGAAUUUAGGAUUGUUUUAUCUUCUUGUUGGACUGACCUCGUCGUUACUGUGAAGUGUUUCCUCCCCUCUCGUUUGCGCUUCUUGCCUUCACGUGCAUUUUGCCUGAUAAUACAGGCACACGCUGCUGUCUCAGUCAGCGCUUCCGUAAUAGGUGUUUUUCCACCCUUGGGCUGUCAGCCUCCCUGUCUUCAUGCUGCACACAAAGUGCGUCUUAUACAGACAUACAGUUGGGACUCCUUUUCUUUCUGUCACUGGCCAGUGCUGUCUUCUGAGAGGUAGGGCGUUUGGGCCCCUCGAGUUUAAGGUGAGUGUGCACGUGGCUGCUUCUGUGCCACCGUCUUGCUCCUCGUUUUAUGGAUCUCAAGUUUUUAUUCCUUUAUCCUUCUUUUGCUACUUUCUGGUAGUGAUCAAUUUUCUUAUUUAUAUCUCUUCUCUUGGAGUUUUAGUAAUAUGUUUUUCUAUCGUUCUCUUGGGUGUUGGCUGAGAGAUUGAUACACACCCUUAAGUUCAUUAGCAUCUCCCGAAGGAGCCCGUGAGGCUGAGAAGGCCCCUCCCGUCUGCUGAUGUCACCCAUCUUCCUUCCCCAGGAGGUGCACCAGACACAGGCACCGCGUGCCCAGCAGGGAUUCUCUUCACCGGUAAAGACCGUCCUGAAGCUCUUCCUUCCUGCAGCUUCCUGCCCCAGUGAGGGCUGAUUUUCAUUCAUCCAAAUAACUUUUUUUUCUAGUAUUUCUUUGUAUCAUGGUUAUGUUUUGAUGGGCAGUAAAUUCAGCUUUUGUUUGUCUGAAAUACAUUUAGUUGCCCUUUAUUCUGCACAGGACAGAACUCUAGGCGGAUGUUUCCGCCACCCCCAGCACUUGAGCGAUCUGCUCCACUGUCUUCUGGCUCCGUGAGUUUUGUUAAAAGCUCAGCUUUCAUUGUUAUUUGCUGCUCCUUUGAAGGUGAGUGUCUUACCUUGCUUUUUUCUUUAUCUUAAAUUUUUUUCUCAUCUUUGGUUGUAUGUGAUUUUCUUUUUACUUAUUUUUCUUGGAAUAUACAGAACUCAAAUCUGGGAGUUGGUAUCUUUCAUCAGUUUUGGAAAACUCUUAGCCAUUAUUGUUUUGACUUUUUUCCCCGGUUCGUCUUCUUUUUGAGACUUCAGUUUUGUGUGUGUGCCUGUGUGUGUGUGUGCGUGUGUGCGUGUGUGUGUGUGCAUGUGUGUGUGUAUGCGUGUGUGGGCAUGCGUGUGUGUCCGUGACCUGCGCAUCUCUCCUCUCUGUCUUGUGUUCUAUUUUUUCAUUCCUCUCUGUACAUCAGGCUAGAUGUCUCCGGAUUUUUUUAAUCCUGUCUUCUGAUGUGUCCCACAGAAAAACCCAUGAGGCUUUUUAACAUUGAAAACAUUAGGCUUUAUGAUAGAAAAAAAACAUGAACCUUGAUGAUUGUGCUGUUGCACUCAGAAAAACAUCCCAGGCUCUGAGCAGCAUCUUUCCUCGGCCAAGUCGGCUUCCUGGUGAGCCUCAGGGAGUGCGUGGGCUCUGAUGCCAUCCUCUUCCUCCCUGGCAUUCCUCUUCCUCCGUGUUCUCCUGCUCCUCUCUCCCAGAAUUCAUGUCUGCUCGAACAUGGCCUCCACCUUUUCCAUUAGAUCCUUUUGCAUCAUCAUCAGAAUGAUUUUUUAAAUAAAUGUUUUCUUUCAAUGAGCUUUAAAUUUCAGAUACUGUGUUUUUCAGGUCUAAGAUGUCUGGUAAUUUUUUGUGGAUGCCAGUUCUCUGUUGAAAUUCUCCAUAUUUUCAUUUCCUUUAUAUAUCUAUAUACAUAUUACAUAUGUUUUCUAUAACAUAUUACAUUUGUCUCCUAAGUUUUUAGUGAGUGCCCAGCAUUGUAUACAGUUGACCCUUGAACAAGAACUUGAAUUAUAAGGGUCCACUUGUAAGUGGCUUUUUUUUUUUUUGAGAUGGAGUUUUGCUCUGGCCACCCAGGUUGGAGUGCAAUGGUGCAAUGGCACAGUCUUGGCUCACUGCAACCUCCGGUUGAAAUUCAAGAGAUUCUCCUGCCUCAGCCUCUUGAGUAGCUGGGAUUACAGGCGCCCACCACCAUGCCCGGCUAAUUUUUUGUAUUUUUAGUAGAGGCAGAGAUUCACCAUGUUGGCCAAACUGGUCUCAAACUCCUGAUCUCAGAUGAUCCACCUGCCUCAGCCUCCCAAAGUGCUGGAUUACCAGCGUGAGCCACUGUGCCCAGCCAUAAGUGGAUUUUUGAAAACAAAUAUAUUGGAAAAAUUUUUGGAAAUUUGCAACAAUUUGAAAAGAUUUGCAGACAAACCACAUAGCCUAGAAAUAUCUUUAAAAAAAUAAGAAAAUGUUAGGUAUGUCACAAAGGCAUAAAGUAUACAAACCAUACAUAGACCAUUCACGGUAGAGAGAAACGUAGCCGAAAAGAUGCAGCAUUGGCUGGGCUCAGUGGCUCACAUCUGUAAGGACUUUGGGAGGCCAAGGCAGGCAAAUCCCCUGAGGUCAGGAGUUCGAGACCAGCCUGUCCAACAUGGCAAAACCCCAUCUCUACUAAAAAUACAAAUAUUAGCCAGGCAUGAUGGAACAUACCUGUAAUCCCUGCUACUCAGGAGGCUGAGGCAGGAGACUCACUUGAACCCAGGAGGCAGAGGUUGCAAUGAGCCGAGAUCGCGCCACUGCACUCCAGCCUGAGGGACAGAGCAAGACUCUGUCUCAAAAAAAAUUCAGCAUUAAAUCAUAACUGCAUGAAAUUAGCUGCAGUCCACAGCUUGCUGCUGGAAUAAUUACAAAGCCACCCCCCGUCGCUAUUGCAGUGAGCCCAAGCAUUUCAAGGAUCUGCUUAAAACACUGUGCGCUGCUCAGCUUCUCUGCAUGAGCAGUUCAUGUCUUCAGUACACUGUGUAUCACAGUAAAAAGUCAUCUACUUUAACUGGACAUGGUGGCACACGCCUGCAGUCCCACUUCUCAGGAGGCAGAGGCAGGAGGAGCCCUUGAGCCCAGGAGGUCGAGGCUGCAGUGACCUGUGAUUGCACCACCGCACUCCAGCUUGGGCAACAGAGUGAGACCCCAACCUGAAAAAAAGGUGACAUCUGGAAGUUCUUGUGUAUUUUUCAUGUUUAGUGCAAUACUGUAACCCUUGAAGAAAACUUUGGGACCCAUGCAGAGCGUCACCAGCCAUGCUGAAGAGCUGCUGAGAAGCAGAGAGAAGUCACGACAUUUCAAGAGAAAGUUGGGUUUCUUGGUAUGUUCCGUGGAUUGAGCUUUACAGCUGUGGUUGCCUACCAAUUAAAGAUAAAUGGAUCCAGCAUAAGGACCACGGUAGAAAAAAAAAAGGAAAUGUGUGAGCAGACACAAACACUUUAUACUUUCUGUGAAAUGCCUUUUUAUCUUGUAUUGGGAGUGCAGCUUUUACAUGAGUGCAGGGUUGCUGUGUGUGAUAUUUCAUAUUAAGUGUCAACUUGAUGAGACUGAAGAAUUGUUCAAAAUCUUGUUUCCGGGUGUUUCUGGGUGUUGCGUCGGUGGACUGGGAGAGGACCCACCACACUGUGGGUGGCCACCAUCCCAUCAGCUGCCAGCAUGGCUGGGAAAAGCAGGCAGAAGAAGGAAGCUUCUGGCUGAAGCUGACCAGCUGGGUCUUCUGGCCUUCAUCUUCCUCCCGUGCGGGAGGCCUCCUGCCCUCGAACGUCAGACUCCGAGGCCUUCAGCUUGUGGGCUCUUGGGCUUACACCAGUGGUUUGCCAGAGGCUCUCGGGCCUUCAGCCACAGACUGAAGGCUGCUCUGUCGGCUUCCCUCCCUUAGAGGUUUGGUGACUCGGACUCAGCUACUGCUGGCCUCCUUGCUCCUCAGUUCGCAGACGGCCUAUUAUGGGACCUCACCCUGUGAUCGUUUGUGUCACCUCUCCUUACUAAACCCCCUUUGAUAUGUGUGUCUAUCCUGCUCUGUCCCUCUAGAGAACCUUCCUAAUACACUAUGAGAAAGGUAUACCUGUAGACUCUUCAAACAAAAGGAAGAAGGAUCUGAAGCUGGAGAAUCUAAUGCCAGCAAAGGAUGGUUUGAUAAUUUUAGAAAGAGACUGGCCGGAAAAAUGUCAAGAUAACAGGAGAAGCAGCUUCUGUUGGCCAAGGGGCAGCAGACAAGCUCCUGAACAGCAUGAGGAAGGUCACUGAGGAGAAAGGAUAUCUGCCUGAACAGGUUUUUAAUGCAGACAUAAGUUCCCUGUUCUGGGGGGAAAAGAUGCCACAAAGAACAUUAAUUAGGAAGAGAAGCAAGUACUAGAAUUUAGGGCAGGAGGGGAGAAGCCAGCUCUGCUGUUCUGUGCAAAUGCAGCCAGAUUAUGAUCAGAACUGCCCUUAUCUAGAAAGCUGCUAACCCCUGAACUUGAAGGGAAAAGAGAAACACCAGCUUCUUGGUUGUAAAGGAAGGCUGGACAAGAACCCCUGUUCUGCGUUGAUUUCGUUGAAGCUUUGUCCCUGAAAUCAGGAAGUACCUUCCUUCCUAUAAGUGACUGCCUUUUAAAGGUCUGGUAUUGGGCAAUGCCCCUGGGCUACCCAGAACCCCACCAGUUCAACACAACACUGAAGGUGUCAAAGGCACCUGCUUGCCCCCAAACACGUCUCUAACACAGCAUCUGGCCCAGAGGUCAUAGGGACCUUGAAGCGUCAUUGCACGAGGCACUGUGUGGACAGGCGUGUCAGUGCUGGGGAGGAGAACCUCAGGAGAGAGCGCCAUGGAAGUCUGAGGGACCACACACUGAACGUGCCGUCGUGGUCAGAAAGCCACGAGACCUGAAACAGCACAUUCUUAGUGGAAAACUGUCCAGAUGUUGUGCACAACCUCACAGCAUCAUGGAAAUGAUGGAAAAGGAACGAAAUCCUGCCACUUCCCACCACCUGGAUGGGACGGGGUCGUUAUGUUACGUGAAAUAAGCCAGGCACAGAAACACAAGUAUCACUUGUUCUCACUCAUGUAGGGGCUAAAAAAGUGGAUCUCAUGAAGAUAGACAGCAGACUGGUGGUGACUGGAGCCGAGAAGGGGCAGGGAAGAGGGGGACACGGGGGGACUAAUGAGUGGAAAUCCACAGUGAAAUGGAAGAAAUAAGACCUGGCGUUUGAUAGAUCCACAGGGUGACUUCCUGAGUUCAGUCAAUUAUGCAUUUCAGCAUAGCCAAAAGAGAAUCACUGAAAUGUUCCUAGCAGAAAGAGAAGACAUAUUUAGGGUGAUGGGCAUCGCAAUUACCCUUGAUCCUCACACAUAUGAGUGUCAUUACUACAUGUACCCUCAAAAUCCGUACUUUUUAUUAUUUUUAUUUAAAGACAGAAUCUCACUCUUGUUGUUCAGGCUGGAGUGCAGUGGCGCAAUCUCAGCUCACUGCAACCUCUAACUCCCAGGUUCAAGCAAUUCUCCAGCCUCAGCCUCCGGCGUAGCUGGGACUGCAGGCGGGUGCCACCACGUGCAGCUGAUUUAUUUGUAUUUUUAGUAAAGAUGGGGUUUCACUGUGUUAGCCAGCAUGGUCUUGAUCUCCUGACCUCGUGAUCUGCCCACCUCAGCCUCCAAAAGUGCUGGGAUUACAGGCGUCAGCCACUGCACCCAGCCUGGCUUAUUUUUAUUUAUUUUUCUUGAAACAGAGUCUCAGUCACCCAGGCUGGAGUGCAACAUUGCAAUAACGGCUCGCUGCAACCUGCAACUCCGGUGUUCAAACCGUUCUCCCGCCUCAGCCUCCCGAGUACCUGGGAUUACAGGCACCUGCCACCACGCCAAGCUAAUUUUUUUGUAUUUUCAGUAGAGACGGGGUUUCACCAUGUUGCUAGGCUGGUCUUGAACUCUUAACCUUGUGGUCUGCCCGCCUCGGCAUCCCAAAGUGCUAGAAUUACAGGUGUGAGCCACCGUGCCUGGUAUAUGUUUAUUAUAUAUCAAAAGAAGUUGUGGAGACAGCAAAAAAGAUGAAGAUGAAGAGUUUCAAGAUACGAGUCUUGGAGAAAUUCAAGAGCUAAUAGACACCGCACCAGAGCAGUGAACAGAAGAGACUGACAGAGGUGAGUGCUUCCAGGCUGGGCAACGAGGAGGGAGACGUAGAAGCAAUGCCGGGAGAGAAGCUGGCCCAGGACCCUGGCAGGCGCCUUCCCAUCGUUCAAGCUGCCAGGACCUGGGCCCGUCCAUGACGCAGGCACAGAAACCAAAGCAAGAGCUGGAAGGAGGAUUGGGACCACACAGAAACAGUUUAGAGAAAUGAAAGCGCAAAGUCAGACAGUAAUUACAUGGAUUUCCGCAGUUACACUGAGUGCGCCUGCCUCUCCUGCCUCCCCUUCCUUCCUCCUCCCCGUCUUCUGCCUCUGCCAUCCCCUGAGACACAGGACCAGCUCCUCUUCCUGCCCCUGCCCCUCAGCCCACUCGACCUGAAGAGGACGAGGACAAAGGCCUUCAGGAGGAUCCACUUCCAGUGAAUGAUUAGUAAAUAGAUGUUCUCUUCCUGAUGUUUCGUGCUGUUUUCUCUUUUCUGUCUUACUUACCGUAAGAGUACGGUAUAUAAUGCAUAUAACACAGAAAGUAUGUGCUGACUGAAUGUUAGUCACUGGGAAGCUUCCUGUCAAUGCUAGGCCAUGAGUAGUUACAUUUAGGGGGGUCAGAAGCAGUAUGUGGAUUUCCAGCUGCGUGGGGCUUCAGCGCACCAUUAACCCUGCAGUGUUCAAGGGGCGACUCUAAACAAACCACGGAGACUAAGGACCGUGCUGGUUUCCCUGAGAGGACUGGCCCUUUCCUCUGGUCGGACUCUGCUUCUAGAGGGCUGAGGUGAGACCUGUCCUAGGCUUGCUGCGAACCCCUGAGAUUUCACCCUGUCUUCAGAACAGCCCCUCCGCUUCCUGUGCUGGUACCAGACCCGGGAAAUAUCCUGGGGGACCAACUGUGCUGCUGCUGCUCUAGACCCUGCCUGGGGCCUCAGCCUGGGCAGGCUGGGAUGCAGCAGCUCCGGUCCCCCUGGAGGUCCCCCAAGGCUGCCCCGGCCUUGCAGCUUCACGCGCGCCAUGCGACUCCUGCGUUGGGCCUUCUCCAGUGGCUACAGGAGCAGGAGGUCAUCGCUCACCUGCCCAGAGGUCAUCGCUCACCUGCCCAGAGGUCACACUUCAUUUACCACAAUCCUUUUAAAAGAAUCGCUAUGCUUUAUGUUUCUUAAAACAGUGUAUUGGAAAACUCCAAGCCUGUUACGUUGUGUUAAAAAAAACAGAGUUAAUAGAAAAUUCCGGGUUAUUCGAA